CGUGCUCCCUGACCUGCUGGUAUAAAACUGAAGCGCCAGGUUCUCUCAAAACUCUAUACGCGAGGCAGGCGGCAGGUGCGUAACACUCCGGACCUGUUCCAUUCAGUCUAGACAUAAAGAUGUUCAGAACUACAAGAUCCCCAAUGAUGCAGCCGCUGGUCAACUCAGGGAUGGGCAUGGCUCCUUUCUUCAAGGUGACUGUGUUUGAGCAGGAGCAUUUCCAGGGCAAGUGCCUGGAGUUCACCUCAGAGUGCUGCAACAUCCAGGAGUGUGGCAUGGACAACAUCCGCUCCAUCAGGGUGGAGAGUGGAGCCUGGGUGGGUUUUGAGCAUCAUGACUUCCAGGGCCAGCAGUUCAUCCUGGAGAGGGGCGAGUACCCCCACUGGGAUGCCUACAGUGGCUCCCUGUCCUACCACGUGGAGCGCCUCAUGUCGCUGCGCCCCAUCUACUGUGCUUCCCACCAGAGCAGCCGUAUGAUCAUCUACGAGAGGGAGAACUUCAUGGGCCGCAGUGUGGAACUCUGUGACGACUAUCCCUCUCUGCAGGGAAUGGGCUGGAUGAUGCCUGAAGUGGGCUCCAUGCAUGUGCAGUGUGGCGCCUUUGUGUGUUACGAGUACCCUGGCUACAGGGGCCAGCAGUACAUCAUGGAGUGUGAGAGACACAGUGGAGACUACCAGCACUGGAGAAACUGGGGCUCCCACUGCCAGACACCGCAGAUCCAGUCCAUCAGGCGCAUCCAGCACUGAGAGGAGUCUAGGAGUGAGACUAAAGCUACAGCCCACAGACAGCUGCUCCCAUCCUCUCCUCUUCCUGUGACCCAGAACGCCACCUUUCUUUCUCUCUUCAUCCUUUUCAUCUUUGAUCCGCCCCAAAUGAAGUCAACACCACCACUGACACACAACCUCUGCCCUCGUGUGAUAAGAGACAAUAUCACACUGUUAAAGCACGGGGAAGCACACAUCUGCACACUGACACCGAGGGUGUCUUUUUAUUUGGUUUGAGGGAUUGACACGCACACUCGUGAUGUGGGCGAGGAGCAAUGCAGCACCUCAGUGCUGGAACACUCCUCAGGAUGACAGACAGCGUUGAUGUGAUUUGUUGCGUGUGGUAUUCUGAUCUGCAGCAGGUUGAUGACUAAUAAAUUCAUAUGUCCACUUCA